AUGAUGGCUGGGGCUUUCAAUCACACCCCGGCCCCGGGGGGUGGUCCAAUUGGGGCCAUUGGGGUGUGGGUAGGACUCACCUCGGUCAAUCAGACGGCAUUGUGCGGCCACCAAGGCUGGCAUUUUUGGGACCCGGUCCAUCAGAGUCUGGGCGCCUGCUUCACCCGCCUGGUCUUCAUCUGUCCUAUGCACUUGCUUCUGGCCGUGUUCUCGGCCUAUUAUGUGGGCUAUCGAGUCCGAAACCUGGGUGGGCGGGCCUCGCGGUUGGCCCGCCUGUGUUUGUGGGCCCGCGUGGUAGCGGCCUUGGCUUUGGCGCUCACGCCCUUCGUGGGUUAUGUCCUACUUUGGGGCGUGGAUGGCGAUCCGUUGGCCCAGACGGGAUGGUCGCAGAUCGUGCAGACCGCCCUGAAAACUUUGGCGUGGCUGGCCCAUCUCUUGUACACUCUGGCCCUUUUUAACCGCAUUGGUUGGUCGGUUCGAGGCCAUCGCAGCCUGCUCCUGAUCUUCUCGUUGUGUGCCAUGGUGGAUUUGAUCCAGUAUCAUAGCCUAUUUACCGCCUACCCGCCGGGUCAGAGCCGCCAAUCCAACGUCAUCUUCAGCUCGGCUUUGAUCGAGCUCAUCGGGCUGAUCGUGUAUUUUGUGUCGCUAUUGCCCGGACCUUGGGCCCAGGAUCCGACCCAGCCCAUGUUGCUGCCGGCCGAUGAGUUGGAAGAUCCCCAAUAUCGACACGUGCGCCACGCUCAAUAUUUGGGUGUGGCCAAGGAACACACGCAUUGGUUGUCCCGCGUCUCCCUCCAGUGGGUACAUCCUCUUAUCCGAAAGGGUCAACGCGGUCAGCUUCGCACGGCCGAAGACGUGUUUAAUGUCCCUAUUGACAUGUCCACCCCGGUGAGUAGUCAGCGAUUCCAAAUGACGCUGAACGAGCUCAAGUCGCCGCAUGGCGAAGUGGGCCUGUUUCGGGCUCUUUUCAAGUCGUUUGCCUUGCGAUUUUUUACCAUCGGGAUCUUGAAGUUCGUGGCCGAUUGCGCCGGGUUUGCCAGCCCCAUUUUGCUCAAUCGGUUGGUCUCGUUUAUGGAGGACGCGGACGAGGAUAUUCGAUGGGGUUACUUGUAUGCGGGUGGACUGACCGUGUCCACUUUCGUAGUAGCCAUGUGUAACACGCAUUUCAACAUGUUCAUGAGUGAGCUGGGUCUGAAGAUCCGGGCCUCCAUCAUCACGGCUGUUUAUCAACAUACUUUGAACGUGACUUCAGCUAACCUGAGUCGAUUCAGUAUGGGCGAGGUGAUCAACUUCAUGAGUACGGACACGGAUCGAAUUGUGAACUUCUCUCCCAGCUUACAUGCGGCCUGGAGUUUGCCCUUCCAGUUUACCAUCACGAUGGUUUUGCUGUAUCAGCAAGUUGGCUUGGCAUCCCUCGCGGGUGUGGGUUUCACGUUGCUGAUGAUCCCCUUGAACAAAGUGAUAGCGGACACCAUUGGCCGUCUCAGCACUAAAAUGAUGACGGCCAAGGAUCAGCGGGUCAAAACCAUGUCGGAAGUGCUCUCUGGCAUUCGCGUUAUCAAAUUUUUCACAUGGGAAGGCUUCUUCACGGGUCGGGUCACUGACCAUCGAAAAGACGAGCUAAAACACUUAAAAGGGCGCAAGUACUUGGAUGCCGUGUGCGUCUACUUAUGGGCCACCACUCCCGUCAUCAUUUCCGUGUUGACCUUCACCACGUACGUCCUCAUGGGCAACCGUCUGACGGCAGCCAAGGUGUUCACUUCGGUCGCGUUAUUUGCCAUGCUCACUGGACCUUUAAACGCUUUUCCGUGGGUUCUCAAUGGCGUUAUAGAGGCCACAGUCUCAAUCAAGCGAAUCAGUGCCUAUUUGGGACUGCCAGAGAUCGAUCGGAACGCCUACUUUUCAGCAGCCACCGAUGAAGUGGAGGAAGAAUUGAUCUCGGAAACGGAUGUGUCCAUAACCCGAGCGGAUUUUGACAUUUCCACCAUUUCGACCUCGGAGUUCAAUUUCAAAUUAAAAGGCAUGGAUCUUCGGGUCAACAAGGGAGAAUUUGUUGGCAUUGUGGGCAGGGUUGGGAGUGGAAAGAGCACUCUACUCACGGCUUUAUUGGGCGAAUUGUCGCGAACUCGAGGCAGCAUAUUUGUCAGAGAUGCCCGUGAAGGGAUAGCGUAUGUCCAGCAAGAGCCUUGGCUACAACAGGGCACCGUUCGCGAGAAUAUCCUUUUCGGCAAGUCUUUCGAUCUGAAAUGGUACCAAAAAGUCGUGGACGCAUGUGCAUUGAAGGAGGAUUUCAAGCAGCUCGCCUCAGGAGAUGACACGAAUGUGGGCGAAGCUGGAGUGAUGCUAAGUGGUGGCCAAAAGGCUCGGGUGGCUCUGGCCCGAGCUGUCUACCAAGACAAAGAUAUCUACGUAGUGGACGAUAUCUUUUCGGCGGUGGACGUACCCGUAGGAAGUCACAUCUAUCGGAAAUGUCUCAUGGGCUUGCUGAAAAACAAGACCAGAAUAUUGUGUACGCAUCAUCCCCGAUUCUUGGCCGGCGCUUCCAGGGCGAUUUUGAUGGAGAAUGGCGAGAUCACCGACGAAGGAUCACCUAAAGACAUUUUGACCAAGGUGGAUUUUGAUAAAGAGCACACUGCUGCUGGGAGCGAAAGACGCGAGCGAAAAGAAACCGAAAAAGAUGAUAACCCCGAAGCACACAAUGUUGCAGGAUCGGACCAAAUUGACGACGAGACUCAGAUCGUUGGUCAUGUAAAGCUGGCAAUUUACAAGAACUAUUGGAGAGCGGUUGGGAACUUCCUAUCAAUUACAAUCCUCCUCGCCAUGGCCUUGAUGCAAGCAUCCAGGAAUUCCACGGACAUUUGGCUGGCUCAAUGGGUCUCUGAAGAUUCAAACCAAAACGGAACCCAGAUUCCUCUGUGGGCGGACUCUGGAUUAUUUUCGCCCGUUCUUGAAGGCGCUUCCGACGAGACUUAUCACUUGGUAGUGUACGGCUCGAUCGCCGUGUUCAACACCUUUAUGAGUCUAGCUCGAGCCUUUCUCUUUGCUUAUGGAGGCAUUUGUGCCGCUAAGGCCGUCCAUGAGAAACUCCUCAACGUCAUCAUGCGUGCUCGCACGCAGUUUUUUGAUAGUACGCCCCUUGGUCGUAUCUUAAACCGAUUCUCGUCGGAUCUUUACACGGUCGACGACAGUCUGCCAUUCAUCCUGAAUAUCUUCUUGGAUCAAGUUUUCGGCGUGUUUGGACCCAUCCUAGUGUGUGCGUAUUCUGUGCCUUGGAUCAUGCUGAUCCUCGUGCCUCUGGCUUUCCUGUAUUACGACAUCCAAAAGAAUUAUCGACCCGCCUCCCGCGAUCUCAAGCGAAUGGGCUCCGUGUCCUUGUCACCGAUCUACGCGCACUUUUCCGAAACGCUGAGCGGUCUCCCCACCAUUCGAGCCAUGAAAGCAGUCAAACGGUUUAACACCGAGAACGAAGACAAGCUCGAGGCCAAUCAGAAGGCCCAAUACGCGGGCAUUGCAGCGGCUCAAUGGCUGGAAUUACGCUUGCAAAUGAUCGGUUGUGCGGUCGUGACCGGGAUCGCCCUGAUCGCCGUGGUCGAACAUCAUACCAAUAGCGUGAAUCCAGGCUAUGUGGGUCUGGCCAUAAGCUACGCUUUGGGAAUCACAGGCAAGCUCUCAGAUUUGGUGAAGAGCUUCACGGAAACGGAGAAGCAGCUCGUAGCCGUGGAAAGGUGCUACCAAUACAUUGAGGAGAUCGAAUCCGAGCCCAGGGAUGGCCAAAGUGCUUGCCCGCCUCAUUGGCCAGAUAAAGGUGUGCUCGAAUUUCGCAACGUGUCUAUGCGAUAUCGGGACAAUAUGCCUUGGGCACUUCAAGGGCUCCAUUUGAAAACUCACCCCCAUGAGAAAGUGGGCAUCGUAGGUCGAACGGGUUCAGGAAAGAGCUCCAUAUUCCAAAGUCUCUUCCGCAUGGUGAACAUUGCCAAUGGUGAGAUCUUCUUGGACAAUGUGAACAUCCACCACAUGAAUUUGUCGGACGUGCGUCGAAAUUUGGCCAUCAUUCCCCAAGAGCCGUUUCUCUUCAGUGGAACAGUGCGUGAGAAUCUGGACCCCCUGGGGCUGAGUUCUGAGCCUGAGUUGUGGGACAGCCUUCGGAAAUCGCAUUUGAUUACGGCGGUGGAACGGAUAGGCGGAUUGCACGGCCAGGUUGACGAGCGGGGGCGUUCCUUGUCCAUGGGACAACGCCAGCUGUUCUGCUUGGCUAGAGCCAUCCUCUCACCCUCCAAGUUAGUGUGCGUGGAUGAGGCCACGGCCAAUGUGGAUCUCGAGACGGACGCUUUAGUGCAAGACGUAUUACGAAGCUCACUCAAGGAUCGAACUGUGAUAUCCAUCGCCCACCGGAUCGAUUCCGUUCUGGGAACGGAUCGAGUGGUGGUCAUGGCCUCGGGUCAAGUCCUGGAGAGUGGGCCGCCCCAAUCGUUGUUACAAGACCCCAACUCUGCGUUUGCUCAACAUGUAUCGCAGAAUUAAUGAACUCCAAUGAUUAGCCCACUCUCUUCACUCUCUGUCCAUGACAAUCAAUGCAAACUGAAACCAAAUAUAAUUAAGCGUUCAUUAUG